UAGUACAAUUACAACUAUCCCACGCUCCCAUGUGUUAUAAACUGAACACAGAAUGAGAUCUUCGUCCAACAUUUCUCUUCGUGCUUCCCAGAAAUGGAUAUGGGGCUGCAAAUUGCGGAUCCAAACACCUGCGUCAGAGGCUGCUGCUCCAGCAAAUCCAUUCCUCUUCAUCUUCAAUCUUCCGCAUUCACGCUCCUCUCCCCGAUUGCCCGAGGGGCCGAGAGUACUGUGUAUGAAGGAAGGUUGGAUGGUAAAAAAGUUGCUGUAAAGAAGCCCAUCUUGUCUACUUCUGAGGAUUUGGACAAGUUCCAUAAGGAGUUGCAGUUGCUAUGUGAAUUAGACCACCCAAGCAUAGUAAAACUGGUUGCAGCCAAUGCGAAGCCACCUAGCUACAUGUUUUUCUUUGAGUUUUACGAGUCUCCAAAUCUCGCGGAGAAAUUGCAUGCGGAAGAAUGGAAUCCAAGUAUCAAUCAGGUGCUCAUGAUCACUCUAGAGUUAGCUAAGGCCUUGCAAUAUUUGCAUAACUUGGGGAUUGUACACAGGGAUGUGAAACCCGCAAAUGUUCUUCUUGACAAAGAUUUACAUCCAUACUUGGCCGAUUUUGGUUUAGCAGUGCACCGCAAGUAUCUGAAAGGAAUCUCCGCAGAAAACUGGAAGUCAUCUGGCAAGCCAACGGGUGGUUUCUAUAAGAAAAGCAUGGUUGGGACGCUCAUUUAUAUGGCGCCUGAGAUAUUGAAGAAGGAAAUACAUUCAGAACUAUCAGAUGUCUACAGUUUUGGCAUCUUAAUAAAUGAGCUUUUGACCGGUGUUGUUCCAUAUACUGAUCUUCGAACUGAAGCACAGGCGCACACUGUACUGGAAAUGAAUUAUACAGAGCAGCUGCUUACAGCAGCUAUUGUUUCAGGUGGCUUGCGGCCAGCUCUUCCUGGUUUGGAGUCUGGCACACCAUCAAGGUUUCUGUCACUUAUUCGGAGGUGCUGGGAUGCAAAUCCUAAAAAUAGACCGUCCUUUUCUGAUAUAGUCAUGGAUUUGGAGUCAAUUUGGGAGGACAACAAGGGUUUAGAAUCUGUCACCCCUGUACAUCCUGAUUUGUGUGGUAGACUUUGUGAUACUAAUAAAAAUGGUUACGCGUAUCGAGAAGAUAUUAAUUGGUCGAAUCAGGGAGAACAUUUUUCUCGACAGGCUUCUGAUGCAAAUAGGUGUGCUGUGAAUGUCUGGCCUGAUUCCUCAACUGCUGAUUUGGCAUACCACCCAAUACUUUCAUGCGGAUCCUUUUCAACCUGUGGGAGAAGGGAGACCAUGGAGGAUUCACAUUUCCUUUUGCCGCACAUGUGCAAUGAAGAGGACAUCCAUGUGUUUGGGAUCUUUGAUGGUCAUAGAGGUGCAGCAGCUGCUGAGUUUUCAGCUCGAGCUAUUCCUGGAUUCUUGAGAAACUCUUGUUCCACAAGCAGUCCUGCAGAUGCAUUAGUGGAAACAUUUGUAAAAACGGAUAUCGAGUUUAGAAAAGAACUCGAUUUCUUUCGCCAAUCCAAGAAAGUAAAACAGAAAGACUGGCAUCCUGGUUGCACUGCUGUUGUUGCUCUAAUUGUUAGAGACAGGCUUUUUGUUGCCAAUGCUGGUGAUUGCAGGACCAUAUUGUGUCGGGCUGGCAAUCCCAUUGUUUUAAGUAAGGAUCAUGUCGCUAGUUGUCUCGAGGAGCGAGAGCGCGUCAUCAGUGCUGGAGGACAGGUCACGUGGCUAGUUGAUACAUGGAGGGUUGGUCCAGCCGCUCUUCAGGUCACUCGGUCAAUUGGCGAUGAUGAUCUGAAGCCAGCUGUAACUGCAGAACCUGAGAUAACAGAAACUGUUUUGUCAUCACAGGAUGAUUACCUGGUUAUGGCUAGUGAUGGACUAUGGGAUGUCCUCAGCAACUCUGAGGUAGUUAGUAUAAUCAGAGACACUGUCAAAGAACCGGGAAUGUGCUCAAAGCGACUCGCAACAGAAGCUGCAGCCCGUGGCAGCAACGAUAACAUCACGGUAAUUGUUGUAUUUUUGCAUCCAGUAUCUACAGUAGAGAGGAUUUAUUAAGUGGAGUAAUAUAGGGUGUCUCUUCUCUUCUACAUACCAUACAGAAAAGGGUAUGUCUGUUUCUAACACAUUCCUUCCCAAAGGAAUGUGAUAUGGCAUUUCUGAAGUAUUCAUUGUUCAUAACAA